AUGACUUCGCGAGGCCCCGAAGAACAGGAAACGAUCGCAUGCAGCACGCUAGGGACAGCUACGAGUUCCGAAGUGCUAGCUGAAGAUCUGCGACAGUUCACCCGCUCUCCUCAUCCCUACCACCGAAGCAGGCGACUUGGAUCACGUACUCCAUCCGAACAAGGAGACCGGCUACACCUGCUCAGCUUUUCCAAGGCAUCCCGCACAUCGAGCGAAAGCGGCACAGAAGCAGACGAUGAGAGCACUGGAAUUCUAAAAGGUCUUCCGGCACCUCCUGUACGCCCUCACAAGGGAUUACGCGCAGCCGGGAAUGGUGCUCUAGACUCCGAUACGUGGCUGCCUUCGCUGAAACCAUGGCCUUCAUUCGUACGGUCGACGAGAGGCUCAAGAGGAAGUUCGGAAGAGGAGGCAGACGGAAACAUUGCUGAAAAGUCACGGUCAAGACGCAGGAGACGAGUCGAGAUCUUGCGACGAUUGAUGGAGACUGCUUUGCUGCUUUCCGUGGGGGGCGUAGUCUUGCUACAGAGAGACGCGCGUUUGCUUGCAUGGGCUUGGAGAAAAGGUAAGGCUGUCAAUCGACAUUCCAUGUGA